AUGAAACUCCCUUGCCUGUGCGACAUAGGGUUCAACUUUUGCAGCUCAUCCGAAACGGGGACCGACCUGAAUUAUUUCCGAGAAUCUACCGAGUACCAUUACAAUAGCUGUCCAGAGGUCGUCAUGCAGGACGCUCAAUAUUUUUCACCUUUGGACCCUUUGGACGUUACGAACGAACUGUUUGCGGAACUUGAUCUGGAAAAUUUAAUGGAGAUUGAGUCAGACUUCGAUUGGACCAAGGGAGGUUGGGAGGAGGAGUGCAUCGAUGUAGAAAUGGUGGAUCUGACGGGAGCAUCCGAAAAUAUCAUGUCCAUGAGCGAUUGUGGAAUGUACGAGGCGACCGAAAAACUUUGGAGUUUGAACCUGGAAGACAGCAAUCUGCCAUGGAUUUCAUCUGAUAUCUACAUGGUUGACAUACCUCAAGACGAUCAUAGCGAUUACAUGAUGUCUUUUUGA